AAUACGCCGCAGAAUCUCAUAAGUUUCAAAUGAAUUGUGAAGACAUUCAAACACGUGCCCACAGACAGAACAUCUCGUGACACCUUUUUUGUUUGAUGCAUUAACACCUUCGUGUGCGACAAUUUUCUCACCUCUUGCUUUGUCAGUUAAUAAAAGCGCGAACUGCAAUUAAUUCACUGCAAUGAUGCUUCUGCUGAACACUGAAGAUUCUGUGUUCAGUUGUUGAGGGAUUGUGUGCUAUGGAAAAAAUUUGAAAGGUAUUCAAACCAAGAACCAUCACCAAGAAAUUCUCCCUGAAGAUCACCCAAAAGAUUCCAAACUGAGAUCAUCUGAAAUACAAAGAUGAAUCAGCAGUGCAAAGUGUGCGGAGAACCUGCCGCUGGAUUUCACUUUGGUGCAUUCACCUGUGAGGGUUGCAAGUCCUUCUUCGGACGAACUUACAACAACCUGUCCUCGAUCUCUGAGUGCAAGAACAACGGGGAGUGUGUGAUUAAUAAAAAGAAUCGAACAGCCUGCAAAGCAUGUCGAUUGAGGAAGUGUCUGGUGGUGGGAAUGUCCAAGAGUGGCUCCCGAUACGGUAGAAGGUCCAACUGGUUCAAGAUCCACUGCCUGCUGCAGGAACAGCAAGCCCAAGUGAAUCAGAAAACAGGAACUGGUCCUCCCAAUACCGAUGCUGGUGGGAAUCUCCUCACUAAUGCAUCCUUUCUCCCAGCACAUUUUCUCUCCAAUCUCAGUCUCGGGAAGCACUCAGGGGUCUCCCCAUGGCGUCAUCAGCCACCGCGACAGAGAACCUCAGACGCUUCUAGAUGCACCACAAGUUCUCCCAGUGAUUCAGGAGCCUCUUCGGCUGAUCCUGAAGAAGGAAGUUGCCGCUCAAUUGGAAGUGCCAGUGCAGAGUCAAAGACAGAACAUUCCUCAGUGUCUAGUCGGGCAGCUGAGGUAUUUCGGCCAGGAAUUGAACCCCUAUCACCCUUCUGUCGCACAGAUGCUUUCCUGCGCCUUCCACCACUUCAACUGCCUCCGCACGUUGCCCUGCCCCUGCUAUCCAAUGCCUCUGAACAAGAGGAGCCUAUUGAUCUCUCCAUGAAGACCUCGCCGCGUCAAUCGCCGGCUCGGAAGCGUGCCAGGACUGAAUCUCCGUCGCCAGUGACGCUUCUGGAAUCUACAAAGCCAGUACCGCUGGAUCUCACAUGCACUCGCACUCCAAAUCCUCCAUUGAUCGGAUGAUUGGAGUGAUAGCACUAAGGGACACGAUGCCAGUUCCUCCUGAGGAAUCCCAGUCCCAAAUUAGGGACCCUAAGCGCCAGUAUAUUUGUGUGAUGUACAAAGAGAUUUGCCAAGCACGGAAACCCAAUUCAAUCAGCAACUAUCAGUUCCUAUCUUUCAAUUAUUUCAG